UGUGAAAAACGUUUUUCGUUUUUAUUUCUCAAUAAAGAAUUUACUUUUCAUUUGAAACAUAACUGAAACUGAAUGAAAUGGAAGAACCCAAAAAAGACGUCUCGUCCACGAAAAAACGAAGCUGGAGCGAAACAAACAAAACCAUAAAGGAAGAACGAAAAAAAUGGAAAGAAAUAAACUUGGAAAAGAAACUGGAAAAGCGAAAACUUAAGGCCGAGAGCCAGCAAAACGAUAUCGCGAAUACGGCAAGGUUGACACCACAAUUUGUCUCGACUUUAUCCAUAGCGGUGCCAGGUUCGAUACUGGAGAAUGCUCAAACGCCGCAGUUGAGAAGCUAUUUGGCUGGCCAGAUAGCAAGAGCUGCCUGUCUCUUUCAAGCUGACGAAAUUAUUGUCUUUGACGAUUUCUGUGAGGAAGUAACAGCAAAAAAAUCCAAAUUUGACGACGCCGAUGGAGAAAAAAUAUCAAGGCAAAGUUGCGUUCAGCUCGGUAGGAUUUUACAAUACUUGGAGUGCCCUCAAUACCUGAGAAAAAGCUUUUUUCCCAUACAUAAAGAUUUACAGUAUGGAGGAUUGUUGAAUCCUUUGAAUGCUCCUCAUCACUUGGGAGUUAAAGAUGAAUUUCCGUUUAGAGAAGGAGUUGUCUUGAAUACACCUGUUAAAGCUGGUAAAGGGUCAAUAGUGAAUGUUGGCUUAUUGAAACAGCUUCGAGUUGAUAAAGUACUUGUUCCUGGUAUUCGUUGCACAGUGAAAUUACUGCCUCAAGAAGCCAAUUUGAAAAAACUAAAAGGCAUUGUAGUAUCUCCAAAUCUGCCUAGGAGUGAAACUGGGGUCUAUUGGGGUUACAACGUUAGAAUAGCGAAUUCGUUGUCAAAAAUAUUUUCACAGUGUCCCUAUAAAGAAGGAUAUGAUUUAACGAUAGGAACAUCGGAUAAAGGAAGUUCAAUAGAUGAUUUCACUUGUCCAAAGUACAAACAUUUGUUAGUAGUGUUUGGUGGAGUUCAAGGCUUAGAAGCGGCAUUGGAAAACGAUUCGGUAUUAAACGCUGAUGAUCCUAAAUUAUUGUUCGAUAGUUAUUUGAAUAGUUUACCGCAACAGGGUUCUAAAACUAUAAGGACCGAAGAAGCAAUUUUAAUAACGUUGGCUGCUCUACGACCCAAAUUGAAUCCUGAAGCUGGAAAUAAGGAAUUUGUUGCUCCAGUCGUAACUGAAUCCGAGAGUGAGGAGCAAGGAGAUGUGAAGGUGGAUAAUGAUGAUGAUGAUAUGAGCAAAUUUGAUUGAAUAAAUAAAAACACUGUCUUAAUUUAUUCCCCUAUUAUUUAUUAUUGCAAAUAUAUUAAAAUUUAACCACAUAACAAAUCUAAAAAAUUAACAUAUAAAAAAUAGAAUGUAGAAGUAGUAUAGUAACAUAACAUCUGAAAAACUUGUACAAAAUACAGUACAAUAUAAGGUCGAUAGCACACAUGUUUUUCAUGCCCAUGUUAUGCCCUUAAAAUUAAUAGGAAUAUGGGUAAACAGUUGGAAAACCCAUACAAAAAUUUGGAAAAUAUAUUCUUCUUACCACCUGUACAUGAACCAUUGUAGGUCAACAUUUAAACUAAAUAAACACCCUUAAAAUAUAUAAGUUAAAUGCAAAAUAUUUUUUUCUAGAACACACAUAAUUGUCUAAGGUCACAGACAGAAAAAACAGAAGUAAUAUAGUGUGGAAACGUCUAUAGGAGAGCCUCGAAUUUUGUAAAAUUGGCUAUGCAAGGCUCUUUUGAAUUAUUCACAUUGAAAAUUUUUGCCCUCAAUUUUGAGAUAAAGAAGCCUAAUGGAAGUUUUUUACUUUAUUGCUCAUUUAUAUAGCAACUUUUUUAACACGUAAGGGCUAAGAUCAUUGCAAUCAACUAAAAUUUAUUCAUAAAUCUAUUUGCCUGUGACUUUUAAUAAUUACUUUAGCACCAUAGACUCAAAAUAAUUCUAGACUCGCAGUUAAAUGUGAAGCUCUAGCCUCUUAACUAUUAAUUUCCCACACGUUUUUUCAAAUUUCAAAAAAGUUGAUAACUUUCAGUGAUUUCUUUCCAUAACUAGACUGGUUACAGUUCCUGAUUGAAAAUCUUCUAAAUCUAUGCAUGUUUUAAAAAAUAAGAACCCCUUAAAGCCAACAUAUAAAAUUCUUUGACUAAAAUGAUUAAGGUGGAGCCUCACUUUCAACCAAAGCUCCGAUUUAGGUCUACAAUGGCAGAGACAUGAAACUGUGAUUAAAAAUAAAAAAAGCAUCUUUAACCACAGUAGGUACGCAUGCACAUAUUGACAAUCCAAAAAAAGUGAAAACAGAUAAAUUUAUAGCAAAUGACCAUUUUUAAUGGGUUACCCUGUAUAAAAAACUUUUUCAAAAUUGAUUUUUUAAGCGGUUUACUCAACAACACAAAAAAAAGUAACAAUAUGUCUUCUAAUUGUCAAUUCGAACCAACUUGUAUAUAUUUUCAAUAAUGAUUGUUAACAAUUUAAAGUAUAGGAUUUGUAGUACUUUUACAUAGUACGUAACCGUUAACAAUUUGCCCUAAAAAUUUUGUCGGCCAAGUGAAUGACAGAAUAAUUUGUUAAAUACCAUUUACCAAUAGGAUAUGCACCAUUAUUCAAAAUUUCAUCUAAAAGAAAAAAACUGAUGCUAUUGGACAUAAAAUAUUCACAGCAGAUGUGUACUUUAUUCUUUCCCGAUUUCAAAAAUUUUAUUCUAUCAUUCCUUAGCCUCGUUCACCUAUUUUAUAAUUUUUUGUUUAUUAUCACAAUAUGCAUGCAGACUUAAACAUUGCAUUUAUGAAUUGAGCUUUCCACUGUUUCUCUUAAACUUGCAAUUACCGAUCUUUGAUCUGCGGCACCCGUUAUCGCUGUUCCGG